AUGUUUCCCAAGACUGAUGAAAGCAUCAGUGAAUUAAAUGAUUACCAAGAAAGUGGCAAGCUGGCAGCUGACUUACAGGCAGAGUUUGAGAACAUUGGGCUCAACUGUCCCUUAGAGGUGGACGUUCUGUCAACAGAACAGCUUGAAGAAGAGGUGGCAGAGAUAGUGGAGGAAGCUAUGGAUGCCUUUGUGUUGUCAGAAAUGAAGGAAACAGGUGAACACUCUGAGGAGUGUACACAAACGCAGGAAACAGGUGAAGAGUCUACACAAACCUACGAGGAACUGAGAGACACCUGGAGAGAUGCGCUGUUAAGGAUAACAGCCUGGACAGGUGAUGAAGACAAGGUGAAGACCUUGCUACAGGCAGGUGUACAGGUGAACACAGAGAACUCUGAGGGAGAAACACCACUCUGGGAUGCAAUGAGGGGCGGACAUUCUAGCAUCGUCAAACUCCUGCUGCAGAAAGGGGCAGACCCUGGAGCAGGGGCAAACACAGACAGUGCAAACACAGAAAGUGGUAUGGGGAAGUCUGUACUGCAGUUGGCGGCUCAGAGUGGUAAUGCAGAGAUGGUGAGCAUCCUGACAGAAGCAGAUGCGGAUCUAAACAGGACGAACAGCAGGGGAACAACUGCCUUGUUUUUAGCAGCUGAGCAAGGACACGCAGAGACCAUGAGAACCUUGAUUCAAGCGGGGGCUGACUUGAACAAGGCAGACAAGGAGGGAACGACUCCACUAUCAGUGGCGGCUGAGAAAGGACAUGCAGAGGUCGUGAGCAUCUUGGUGCAAGCGGGAGCAGACUUAAACAAGGUAGAUGAUAUGGGAAUGACUCCACUGUGGUUUGCUGCUGACAGAGGACAUGCAGAGAUUGUGAGCAUCUUGACCCAAGCGGGGGCAGACUUGAACAAGACAGACUUGGAUAAAAAAACACCAUUGUGGAUAGCAGCAUUCUAUGGAAACAUGGAAGUUGUGAAAGUACUUAUCGAAGCAGGGGCAGAUAUAUCUAUACCAGACAAAAGUAGCAAGACUCCAUAUCAAGCUGCCGUAGAAACAAAACACAGUGAUGUUGCAAAGAUGUUUCCCAAAACAGACGAAAGCAUCAGAGAAUUAAACAGGGACCAAGAAAGUGGCAAGCUGGCUGCUGACGUAAAGAAAGGGUUUGAAAACAUUGGGCUCAACUGUCCCUUAGAAGUGAAAAUUCUGACAAUGGAAGAGCUUGAAGAAGAAGUGUCAGAGAUAGUGGAGGAAACUAUGGACGUCUUUGUGUUGUCAGAAAUGCAGGAAACAGGUGAAGACUCCGAGGAGUCUACACAAACCUACGAGGAACUGAGAGACGACUGGAGAGAUGAAAACGAGAAAAGUGCGAAACCAACUGAUACUGUAAGGAAAGUGAAAUCUUCUGCAAGACGUGGUGUAAGACGUUUAGAAUUCGCACUAAAUGCUGUACAAAGCCGAAAGCUUGCUAAAGAAAUGCGUAUGAGGUUCUCCUACCUAAAGAUCGAAGACUCUGUUAAGGAGGAGCUUGUGUCAGGUGCUCAGCAAUUAGAACAGAAGGCAAUGGAGGAUCUUUCAGAAUUCUACAACGCUAACAAAGACUUGAGCAGGGCCGCUAUUAUCAAAGUUUUCAAACGACACAAAGUUCUAAGGAAAGGGCUGAAAAUUGCCAAAAUGUGGCCAACUUCAGAAACUGACGAAUGUGUCAAAGCACUGGACAGUGGCCAGGUAACUUACAGACUUACAGAAUAUGAGAAAAUUGGGUACCAUGGCCCUUCGCAGGGGGAUGUCCGGUCAAUGGAACAGCUUGAAGAAGAUGUGUUGUCAGAAACUUGUGAGCAGACAACACAGACAGAUAAAGUGUUAGGAGAGGGACACAAGACAGACACAGAUGUUCCUGAAGACAACGAGACAUCCACACAAACCUACGAGGAACUGAGAGACGCCUGGAGAGAUGCGCUGUUAAGGAUAACAGCCUGGACAGGUGAUGAAGACAAGGUGAAGACCCUGCUACAGGCAGGUGUACAGGUGAACACAGAGAACUCCGAGGGAGAAACACCAUUCUGUGAUGCAGUGACGGGCGGGCAUUCUAACAUCGUCAAACUCCUGCUGCAGAAAGGGGCAGACCCUGGAGCAGGGGAAAACACUGCAAGAUCCAGAGAGAGAGCUAGUGGUAUGGGGAAGACUUUACUGCAUUUGGCAGCUGAGAUUGGAAGUGUAGAGUGGUUGAGCCACUUACCAAUAACAGUGGUGAACAAGGACGAGACAGACCGCAUGGGAAGGACUCCACUAUCGGUAGCAGCUGAGAGGGGACAUGCAGAGGUCGUGAGCUUCUUGCUAUAUGCUUGGGCUGACGUGUACAAGGAAGAUGGUGAUGGAAGGACUCCAAUGUGGUGGGCAGCUUGGAGUGGGCAUGCAGAGGUUCUGAGAAUCUUGCGGAGGCAAGGUUUUGCCGACAUGCACAUGGCAGACUGCAUGGGAAGGACUCCACUGUGGGUGGCAGCUGAGAAAGGACAUGUAGAUGUUGUGGAAUUCUUGGUAGAAGAAGACGGGAGGCCCGGCAUCGCAGACUUGGAACAAAAGACACCUUUGUGGAUAGCAGCACACAAUGGAAACAUGGAAGUUGUUAAAGUACUUAUUGAAGCAAUGGCAGCAGAAGGCUCAGGCUUAGAGCGUGAUAUUUCUAAACCAGACAAAACUGGCAAGACUCCGUAUCAAGCUGCCGUAGAAAGAAAACACAGUGAUGUUGCAAAGGUGAUUGAGGACCAGGUUACAAAGACAUUGCAGAAAAAGUCAUAA